AGAGGUGAAUUUUUGAAUUUCCUCUCAAGACAGGGUUUAAAAAACAAUAUUGUAGGGGUAGAAAUUGCACAAAUUCAAAAGGCCGACUCUGUCCUUGUGGGAGAAAACCCCAAUUUCAGAGAAACUCAGGGACCUCUCCCCUCUCUCUCUCUCCCUCUACCCUUUCGAUUCCCCCCAAAAAAUUCGCCUCUUCCCGCUAUGCUGCUCUCUCCCUCUCCCUCUCCACUCCACUGUGAAGUCUCACUGCCACUGCCAGGACGGUCUCUGGUGCCUACGAUGAGCUGCUUCUGCGUCUAGGGUUUUCUUAUCGUGCCUUUAACUGCUGGAUUGCUGGAUCUGCUAUAUGUGAAACCAGUGUUGUUGCCUGUAACUUUUGGAGCUUCACCGCGUGUCCUACCUGUGCUUAUCCCUGUCUAUCUCUGCUUACAGUCCACUAAGCAGAGAGAGAUCUGUGGAGUAUUGAUGCAUUGUGGAUGCAAGAACUGUUUGUGACAAUUGACACACAUGGAGUGCAACAAAGAGGAGGCUUUCAGAGCGAAGCAACUUGCAGAAAUCCGCAUGCAAAAAAAUGACUUCUCUGGAGCAUUGCGGCUUGCACAAAGAGCCCAGCGUCUAUUCCCUGAGCUCGAGAACAUAUCUCAGUUGCUGACAGUUUGUGAGGUUCACUGUUCAGCUGAGAAAAGACUUGGAUCUGAGCAAGACUGGUACGGGAUCCUUCAGAUCGAGAAAUUUGCCGAUGAGAUCAUCAUCAAGAAGCAGUACAGGAAGCUGGCAUUGCUGCUACACCCAGAUAAGAACAAGCUUGUAGGCUCUGAGGCUGCUUUCAAGCUGAUCGGUGAAGCAUAUAGGGUACUUGGAGACAAGGGAAAGAAAUCUCUUUAUGACUUAAGAUUGAGAAGCUCCGUAAACAUGGGUCAUCGACAGAAGCUUCCUCCUCGUCAGUCGAAGGAGAACUCUUCUGUAGUAAAACAUAAUGGGACAUCUAAAAAUUCUGAGAAUACUUCCAAUUCACAUUUUUCAGAUAUUAAUGGUGUUCGAAGGGAAGGAGAGGAGACUUUCUGGACAAUGUGCCCCUCCUGUCAGGUGAAGUACCAGUACUACAAGACAUACCUUGAGAAACCUCUGCGAUGUCAGAGUUGCAGGCAACCGUUCAUAGCCUAUGAGUGUCCACUAGGAACAGGAGCUGCAGAGAGAUUUCAAAGAGGGCCAGUUGCUGCUAAGGAUGCUUCAAAUGGUGGUUCCACUAAAGUGACCUCACAGAAGGGCACUGGGAAUCCUUCAGAUCCAUUACCUAAAGACCGAUUUCAGGAGUUCCUAUCGAAGUUCAAAGGAACUGCUGAUAAUGGUGGCAGUUCAGAAACCCAAAGGGGUGUCAGCAGGAAUGUAACUGAGGGGACUGGAAAGGAUGAUGGAGGUAAAAUACCCAAAGCUAAUGCUAUGAAAGUAGAAGAUACAGGUGAUGUGAGAGCAGAUACCCGGAAAAGAGGAAGGAAUCAUUGUCCAGAUGAUUUUGGGAAAACUUCCGAGAAGGUAAGUGGCAAGGUGAAUUUUGAGAAUGGAGGUAACCCUGGUCAAUCAAAUGUCGUUCCCAAUCUACACUCCACCAGAAGAUCGAUGAGGCAAAAACAGCAAGUUUCUUAUAAUGAAGACGGAAAUUAUGGUGAUGGUGAUUAUUUGGUUACUCCAAAGAAGUCGAAGUCUUCAGAUGCUGGAGAAGAUGAAAAUAGUACACAGAAAAAAGUUGACAGUUCAGUUGCUGCAGGAGACAAGAAUGAUGAGAAAUCGACUGAGCCCAAUAGUGGUUCCCCAUCAGAUGUCAAUGAGGUGGGAUGCCUGGAGUGUCCUGACGCUGAGUUCAAUGACUUUGAGAAACAUAAGCAGGAAGGCUGUUUUGCUGUCAAUCAAGUGUGGGCUAUUUAUGAUACAGCCGAAGGUAUGCCGAGAUAUUACGCACGGGUGAAGAAAGUAUUCUCUCCUGGGUUUAAGCUAAAGAUUACUUGGUUUGAGGCAGACCCAGAUGAGAAAGACCAAGAUGAGGUCAACUGGUGCGACAGGGAUUUGCCAGUUGCCUGUGGUAGAUACAGUUAUGGAGAUACUUUAGAGACCGAAGAUCGUCUCAUGUUCUCGCAUCGGAUAAUCUGCUUGAAGGGGACCAAGAGAGGGACUUUCAUGGUGUACCCUGGAAAAGGAGAGACGUGGGCCCUCUUCAUGAACUGGGAUAUUAAGUGGAGCUCUGAGCCUGAGAAGCAUGUCCCUUUCAAGUACGAGUUUGUUGAGGUACUCUCGGACUUCGUCGAGGGGAGAGGUAUCACUGUUGCUUAUCUGGUGAAAGUGAAAGGUUUCGUGAGCUUGUUUCAGCGAGUAGAUGACAAUUCUUUUCAAAUAUCUCGCCAUGAGUUGUACAGGUUUUCCCAUCGUAUUCCUUCAUUUAGAAUGACCGGAAGGGAAAGAAAAGGUGUUCCUGAAGGGUCCUUUGAGCUUGACCCUGCAGCUCUUCCGUUGGAAAUCACAGCACCCAGUGCUGAAAAUUUGAUGGAGAGCAACCACUCGUAUGCUGGAGGUUCUAGCGCAAGUGCCACCGAAGAUGGGGCUCAGCCCCCAGUAGGUUCAGAGAAGAUCAGCUCCCCCAAGAAAACCAGAAAGAGCAAUCUUGAAAGAGAGCAGUCGCUGCUUAGAAGAUCUCCUCGGGGAUCUAGCAAAUUACCUCAGACGACUGAUUCUGCUCCAAAUGAAGUCCAGUCGAGCAACAUGGAGGAAGCUCAAAAGGAUAUAGAUAGCUCUGCUUCUGGUAGUAAGCUCAAUACACCGGUCAAGCAGAGGAAAGGUCCUCGACAGGACAUCUCAACUUUGAGGAGGUCCCCUAGAGUCCUACAGCAAAAUAAAUGAAUAUACCGCUAUUCAUUUGGUUUUCUGGAAAGGACCCACUUAAAGCUGAUCUUAUGAGAAUGUGUGUUUUCAUUUGAAGGACGUUGUUCCUUCUCUGAUGGAUCUGCAAACACUCGGAAUUUUCACUACCAUUACAGAGCAGGUGAAAUCUGAGAAAUUAAGGUACCAGAGUGUUCUGUGCAGGACAAAGUCAGCAUUAUUCGUGUUCUGGAGGAUACCACCGAGCCAAAGUGGAGCUGUUUUGUUAUCCAAGCAAAGUAGUUACCAGUAAGUUCCUAACAUGAUUUGUAUCCCAGUUAGAUGAAGGGUUGUCCAAAUUGUUAAUGCUGUCUUACGUUUUUCCUAUGGACAUUUCACCUGUCUAUCUAAUUUCGUUGGUAACCUGACUGUAACCCGAGGUGACUAAACACAUAAGCUCGUCAUAUUAAUCUGUAGGUUAUGUUGACGUCGGUGUUAGGAGUAUACUGGUGGGAAUUGUCAUUUUUGGAUCAUUUUCUCGGGUUAUGUCUUUAAUGCGGAGGGCUGUUCGUGUGAAGAAGAUGCUAUUCUCGUAUUCCUCUA